UUAACUACUGAAAUGAAAGAAAAUGAGCCAAAAGAAAUAAUUCAGCUCAACACCGUUUCACAACUUCCGGCAAGGACCGUUGACGUAAAUCAAGGCAUUUUCUUUCAUCUGACGCUACAGUCGCCAUUUUAACAACCAUGGCUCGUGGUCACCAAAAGAUCCAGUCUCAGCAGAAGAACAAGGAAAAGAUGGACAAGUUGAAAAAGGCGUCAGGCCAUGACCAAAAAAAGGCCGCACUGGCUGGUCUGAAAUUCGUCUGCACUGCUUGCAAGGCCCAGAUGCCAGACCCGAAGACCUACAAGCAGCACUUUGAGAACAAACACCCGAAACUGGAUCUGCCAGAUGAACUCAAGGAAAUAUAA